GUGACUCGGUUUCCUCAAGACGAUAGACAUAUAGACUAGAAGAGAAAAGAAGAAGAAGAAAAUGCAAGCGGUGGCUGCCAAACUCACUCGCCCUCACUUCCUCACCAGAACCUUAACCACCCUCACUCUCUCUUCUUCUUCUCCUCUCUCCAACCUGCUAUCCUCCCCCGGCCGUGACGCCGCCACCGACACGUGUCUCACCCGCCGAACAUCUCUCCUCUCAUCUCCUCCUUGGUCCGCCACUCAACACCGCGGCGCCAGAGUCCAAGGCGCCGAUGUGAGACCUGGCAAUGUGAUUCAAAAGAAAGAUCGUAUUUACCAGGUGAUAAAGGUAGAGCAUUCACAUGAAGGAAGAGGAAAGGCCAACAUUAAGCUGGAGCUUCGUGAUGUCGACUCUGGGAACAAGACAUCCCAAAGAUUGGGGACAGAGGAGUCAGUUGAUAGAGUGUUUGUCAUGUCAAAAAGUUACAUUUACAUGUGCACAGACCGGGAUGGCAAAGUAUUAUUGAUGGAUCCUGAUACGCUUGAUCAGCUCGAAGUGAAUGAAGACGUAUUUGGAAAGAAUGCUAAAUACCUACAAGAAGAAAUGAAAGUUAGAGUGGAGCUGUUUAACGGGACCCCUUUAUCUGCAUCAGUUCCAAAACAUGUGACCUGCACUGUCAAGGAAGCACAACCUCCUAUAAAGGGGAUUGCAGCAACACCUAAGGAUAAAAUAGCUACAAUCCAAAAUGGCUUCACUAUAAAAGUACCAGCUCAUAUCAUAGCUGGUGAGUCUGUGGUUAUUGACACCGAGGAUGACUCUUAUGUUAGAAGGGUCAAGGCAUAAUGCUUAAUAUCAUUGCUACAAUCUGGUGGAGACAUUUUCUUUUUUAUUUGUCUGAAUCUGGCGGAAGGGUGGAAUAUCAUUCGUGCACUGUCUAAGGCGUCUGGCUCGUUUCUAUGAUGAUGAAAGUGUUUACCAUCUUGAGGUAGCUGAUUCAAAGUAAUACAUAUUUACUCAUACAACAUGGACUUUGGCAAUGGAAAAGAUACAGCUCUUUUAGGAAGAUAAAAGCUUGGCGCUCAACUUGAACAGUUUUCUCUUGGGUCAAAUUCAGAUUUGUAGAACAAGAAUAAAAGUUUCACGUCAUUAUUUAUCCAAAAACUAAAAGAAAUGUUGUCGAGUACUUUAUAUUGGUUUUAUGAGAAGGGAAGAUUUAUUAUACUGAUGCAAAUUGUAUUGAUGCUUUCUAGUGUUAUCUUUGUGUUGGAUUGUAAGCACCAUAGAGAAUUAUUGUAAUGACCAGUGGAGUGAUUUAACCAGUUCUUGAUGCCAUACCACU